CUGGCCGCCUGCCCUGCCCUCUCGCCCUUCUUGGCUUCCUGGGCGGCCGGGGGAGCUGCCGUGCAGCACAUGGCCUCCGUGCCCACUCGGCUCUGGCUGAGGGAGGCGGUGGCUGGCGGCCCGGCUCCGGCGUCGCUUCCUCGAGCGCUGCGCGCGGCGCCGCAGAGCCCGGCCCUUGGAAACGCUCGCGGAGAUCCGGGCCGCUCCAGAGCUCGGGGUAGAGGACCCGGCGACCCGGCUGUUUCGGGCCGAGGAUCGCUCGCCCCGAACUUCGCGCGCGGCGAUGGCCACUCACCACCUGGGAUUUUUUAACGCAACUGGACUCCCCUCCCCCUGGCGGCCCCCGGGGAGGGGCGUGAGGACUCGAUCCCACGGAGAGAGCACCGGCCUCUGACUCAUCGUCGGGCCGGAACCCGAGGUCCUAGAAAAGACAGGCUCUCAGGAAAAGACCCUUUCCCCCUGGGGGGGGGGGGUGCGGUGGGGGCUCAGUUCCAGGACCCGAGCGCCCUUGGUCGCACUGGACCUCGGCUUUCUGGACCUCUCGGAAAACUAGGCAAUGCCGGUGCGCGCGGCUCCCCCAGCGUGGUCCCAGGACCUAACGGGGCGCCCCCCACCUCAGGGUACCGCUCCAGACUCCACCAGUGCGGUCUCCUCUCCCUCAGAUCCGGCAACCGCAGGGAAUGACGCGGGUGCCCCCAGAGCCCCGGCAACGGGCGGGGAGGGCGAGCCCCGUCACCAAGACGCCCGCCUGGGCAGCACCGAUAAGGAGCUGAAGUCAGGAGCCACCGCGGCGGACAGCGUCCGGACAGCGUCGGGGACCCCUUGGCAGCGGGGGCCGCGGGCCGAGGUCAUGGAUGCAGCGGGCGGCUCCCGGAACCCGCUCCCAAGGCCCUGCCACGUGCUGGUGCUGUUAAAUCCGCGCGGGGGCAAGGGCAAAGCCCUGCAGCUCUUCUGGAGCCACGUGCAGCCGCUGCUGGUCCAGGCCGACGUCUCCUUCACGCUGAUGCUCACUGAGCGGCGGAACCACGCCCGGGAGCUGGUGCGCACCGAGGACCUGCGACGCUGGGACGCGCUGGUGGUCAUGUCCGGGGACGGGCUGAUCCACGAGGUGGUGAACGGGCUCAUGGAGCGGCCUGACUGGGAGACCGCCAUCCAGAAGCCCCUGUGUAGCCUUCCAGCCGGCUCUGGCAAUGCGGUGGCCGCUUCUUUGAACCAUUACGCCGGGUACGAGCAGGUGACCAACGAAGACCUCCUGACCAACUGCACCCAGCUGCUGUGCCGCCGGCUGCUGGCGCCGAUGGACCUACUGUCCCUGCAGACCGCCUGCGGGCAGCGCCUCUUCUCCGUGCUCAGCCUGGCGUGGGGUUUCAUCGCCGACGUGGAUCUGGAGAGCGAGAAGUUUCGGAGGCUGGGUGAGAUGCGCUUCGCUCUGGGCACCUGCCUGCGCCUGGCGGCCCUGCGCACCUACCGGGGCAGCCUGGCCUACCUGCCCGCAGAAACGCCGGCCUCCAGGGGGGCACCCGCCCCGACUCGGGCCCCGCAGGGCCCCGCGGACACCCACGUGGUUCCCCUGGAGCAGCCAGUGCCCCCUCACUGGACGGUGGUGCCGGAGCAGGACUUCGUGCUGGUGCUGGCGCUCCUGCACUCCCACCUGGCCAGUGAGCUUUUCACCGCCCCCAUGGGCCGCUGUUCGGCCGGCGCCAUGCACCUGUUCUACGUGCGCGCCGGCGUGUCCCGGGCCACGCUGCUGCGCCUCUUCCUGGCCAUGGAGAAGGGCAGGCACAUGGAGUACCACUGCCCCCACCUGGUGUACGUGCCCGUGGUCGCCUUCCGCCUGGAGCCCAAGGACGGGAAGGGUGUGUUUGCUGUGGAUGGGGAACUGCUGAUCAGCGGGGCUGUCCAGGGCCAGGUUCUCCCCAACUACUUCUGGAUGGUCAGUGGCUGCAGGGAGUCCCCACCCUCUCUGAAACUGCAGCCCUCACCCCGAAGGAGGUCUCAGCAGAGGCCGCCCCCACCAGAGAGCCGGUGACUCCGUGCCUUUAUCUACUUGGUUUACUCUCUGCUCAGGCCCCCCACCCCCUUCUCCCUCAGCCAGGACUGGAGAGCCUAUCCACACCGCAGGUGGUGAGUUGGGAGGAGGAGGGGGAGGGAGACGCCUGGAGAACGGUGGGAAGGACAGGCUCUGCCCACCGAAGGCCAGAUGGAGCGUUGGACUAGCAGCAGGGAAGCCACCCUUGAAUCAGAUCCGAAUAAAGUGACAUUCCCAGCC